AACAUCGAGUACAUAACACGUAUCUACGCUGUUAACAACAUGGCAGCAAUUAUUGUUGCUCUGAUUGCUUUAUUGGGUCUUAUGUCACACGCUACUGGUCUAGUGGGUGGAGAAGUAUCAUCGUCUGCUUGUCUGCAUACAACAAUAACACUUGACCCUUACGAUAUCACAAAGACGGCGUAUGCAUACAGUACGCUCUAUCAUCUCUGUGGAUAUAAAACCUGCACGGGCUGGCAGAAGUAUGAAUAUACUUACGUGGAUACCGCAUACAAUACGGCCACUAACUGUCUUGAUGGCAGCACCAGGCUAUUAACACCAUCGUCGCCUCUGAUGUCUGAUUUUUCGAUGACAGCUGCACCGACGAUAGCAGUUACAAGUGAUGUCCAACCAACGGAACAGCACUUGUUCGAGUUUCCGAGUAGCCUGGCGGGAAAGUCUAUCGCCUGCACCGAGUCUAACCACACGACCAACAUGCUAGGGAGCACCUACUCCUGUUACAACAUCAGAACGAAGUGA